AUGAAUACUAACAUUUCAGUGAAUUCCUCUCUAACCAAUAAUAUGUCUCUGGUAAUGAAUGCUAGCCUACAGGAUAAUUCUAGCUACUAUUAUUACGGGUCUGGGAUGGCAGACUGUCACACGCUGUACUGUAUACUUGUGACACGUUACAGAAAUUCUGUAUAUCAGGCCCUUCUCACCCUGUCUUCACUACUGGGUGUCAUUGGAUUUGUUGGUGUCACUGGCAACAGUGUGGUUAUCCUGGUGUUUGCACGUACAACAUCGAAGCACACCUCCAUGUACUUCAUGCUGCUGUUGGCUAUCAUGGACCUGAUGGUGUGUGUGUUCGUGAUUCCCUAUGUAAUUGUCACUGAAUGGAGAAUCACUGUCCACUAUGAUGCAGUUUGUAAGAUAUUUGAGAUGCUGAGGUAUUUCUCUAUACCAACAUCUGCCAUGAUACUUGUGGCAAUUUCCUGUGACAGAUACAUUCUGAUCUGUACACCACCAAGUAUCCGAAUGAAAAAGUCCGUGUCUAAGAUUGUAAUUGGUAUGAUUCUGGUCCUUGGAGUGAUGUUCAGCCUUCCCCCAAUCCUGGGUAUAGGUGUAUAUGCCACCGACUACAGUGGCAACCAGUUCUACAUUGGUUACUGUGUUCCUAAUGACCAGUACAUCACCCCUCAUCAACUUGACAUCUACUGGUACGUCGUCACCGCCGCAUUCAGCCUCAUGAUCCUCAUAAUCUUUACCAUGUACACUCUUAUCUUUGUACGACUGUACAAACAAAACAGGAAGUGGCUGCUACGUAUGCCCAAGGUGCACCCUGAACGUCUACGGAGACUUGAUGAUGACAAUCAAUCAAUGCUUGGGGACAGGAAGAGAAGCAAUGUGUCGAAUCCUUCAUCAUCCACCAAGGAAAUCUUCAGCAUAUCUACCCUGAAACAUGCGGUGCCUAACCAGCCAGACACCAUAUCUGAGGAAAAUUCAAAGUCAAAUGCAUCACUCCAACAAUGGCAGCCAACUCCAACCUUCUCCUAUGCUGAUCAACGUUCAUCUAUGGCUCCCAAAGCUUGGAAACGUUCCCAGACAGAAAUGUUAAACCUUUCACACAUACAUAACGAGAAGAAGCGCAUGUCUUUGGAUGUGAACAAACUUCAAAAAUCUCCGGUUGCUCAAAUUAAGUCAAAACAAGGACCUUCAAAACUCAUCCAGCGGACGAUGCAUACUGCUAACUAUGUGUCCCGCAAAAUGAGCAACACUCGACUGGACUACAGACUAGAUACAAACAAAACACUUAAGUCUAGAUGGAGUACUGUUAGAGAUUCAGUCCUUAGCCGAAAAGUGUCAGUUAACUUUGUCUCUCGGUUCAGAGGAACAUCAACCAUUGAUGCCCCAAACAGGAAAUCUAUGUUCCACAGUCAGAAGUCAAAACGCCCAAUGCACAUCAAGACAACCCAAGUUCUAUUUAUCGUGACCCUUGUGUACGUGAUAGCUUUCCUUCCUACCUUUCUCAUGUCCAAUAAUGUAAUCCCAAACCAUCGUGUAAUCUACUACAUGUACUUUAUCAAUAAUGCCUCCAACCCUAUCAUCUAUUCCUUCAUGAAUCAAAGGUUUAGGAUGGAGGUCGCAAAGCUCUUUUGUAGAAAGUGA